AUGGCGGUGAUCUCUGCUCACCAAUUCGCACAAUGCAUCACUUGCCACGCCUGGAGCCCCGAUCAAUCUAUGGUUGCAUUUUGUCCAAACAACAAUGAAGUUCACAUCUAUAGAUUGAUAGAAGACAAAUGGGAAAAGGUGCAUGUUCUUCUAAAGCAUGACCAGGUAAUUUCUGGGAUAGACUGGAGUGCACAAUCAAAUAGAAUAGUCACUGCAUCCCACGAUCGAAAUUCAUAUGUCUGGAACCUUGAAGGAUCAGAAUGGGUGCCAACUCUUGUUAUCCUUAGGCUAAACCGUGCUGCUCUUUGUGUUCAAUGGAGUCCAAAAGAAAACAAGUUUGCAGUGGGAAGUGGAGCCAAAACUGUUUGUAUAUGCUAUUAUGAGCAGGAAAACAACUGGUGGGUUAGCAAACUUAUCAGGAAAAGACAUGAUUCUUCAGUAACAAGUGUUUCAUGGCAUCCCAAUAAUAUUCUUCUUGCGACAACAUCCACAGAUGGGAAGUGUCGAGUAUUUUCCACCUUUAUAAAAGGUGUAGAUGCAAAGGAUUCAAAAAAGAGUACUUCAUCUGAUUUCAAAUUUGGAGAGUUGAUUGUUCAGCUUGAUCUCUCAUCAUCUUGGACAUUCGGAGUCAAGUGGUCACCAAGUGGCAAUACUCUAGCUUAUGUAGGCCAUAAUUCUAUGAUAUAUUUUGUUGAUGAUGUCGGACCUUCUCCUUUGGCCCAGAAUGUCGUGUUCCGGGAUUUGCCUCUCCGUGAUGUAUUAUUUCUUUCUGAGAAAACAGUAAUAGGCGUGGGAUUUGAUUGUAACCCAAUGGUUUUCGCGGCAGAUGAAAGAGGAGUUUGGAGUUUUGUCAGAUAUCUUGGUGAGCGGAAGACAGUAUCAUCUGGAUCAAGAUAUGGCUCACAGUUCUCCGAAGCAUUUGGGAAGUUUUAUGGCCAAUCCAAGCAAGGUGGGAGCAACGAUGCUGUUGAAACCUCAAGAACACGGGGAGCAGUUCAUGAUAACUGUAUAAAUUCUAUCAUGCCUCUUGGGGAGCGUGGAAUAUUGACAAAGCGUUUUAGCACAUCAGGAUUAGACGGAAGAAUUGUUUUAUGGGAUUUGGAAAAUGAGCAGGACCUACUUGAAUUAUAA